AUGCUCUGCUCUUCCACCUUUUCCAGACACUUCUUUCUUUCUUUCUUUCUUUCUUUCUUUCUUUCUAUCUUCUUCUUUCUUUCUUUCCAUCAUUCUUUCUUCCUUAUAUUUUCUAUUCGUUUCUUUUGUAUUAACUUUAUUUCUAUUUUUCUUUCUUUCUUUUCUUUCUCUUUAUUUUUUAUUCUUUCUUUCGUUCUAUUUUUCUUUUUCUUUUUUUCUUUUCCCCUUUCUUUCGUUCUUUAUUUCUUUCUCGUAUCUUUUUUUUUUUUUUUUUUUCUUUCUUUCUUUCUUUCUUUCUCUUUUAUCAGAAUUUUCUUUUUCCUCCCUUCUUCCGUUCUAAUUUUCUUUUUUCCUUUCUUCUUAUCUUUCUCUUUCUUUUCUUAUUGCUCCAUUAUUUCUUUUUUUUACUAUCUCUCUCUCUCUCUCUCUCUCUCUUUCUUUCUGUCUUUCCUUAGUUUUUUCUUUUUUUACCUUUCUUUUUUUCUUGUUCAUAUUUCUCUUACUCUUCUCUUUUUCCUUACUCCCUACUGUUGUUACCGUCAACAGAUAGGUAAUAAAGCUGAUUCAGGCUGGUACAAGGCCAGUAUGCGGAGAUACACAAUGAAAAUCAUACAUAUUACUCGAGCAUGA